UCUAACUCCGCCCACAUUUGCGGAGGGAACACUAUCAAGGAUAUUACAACGAAAAAAACUACCACGUUGGAACUACAGUACCAUUUUUUGGUAGUACAUCUUAUUUCCCUUUUUAGCAACAUUGAGGAAAGUUACGUAGACGUUUUCUGUUCACACAAUCAGGGCGGUUUAGAAGAUUGUGGAAGUUGCCGCCACUCGCAGGACGUGGUGAUGAGGCAAUCGUCUGAUGGCCAGUUCUUCUUUCGGCCUGCCACAAGUGAUCGGGGGUAACACUCCCAUUUUUAUUGGCGAGUCAAGCAGUAAGUCUGAAUGCUGUUCCACACCUCUGAAACGUUUGAGAACUGUGAGAACGGCGGUAUGAUGUCAUCACAAGAAGGGGAGGAUCCUCCUCCAAACGGCAGUCAGUCUGACAGCCGGUUAAAGAGCAAGAAGCCCCCCAGUCUGGUCAUAUCCAUCCCUCCCCGAGAAGAGGACCGACAAGAGAGAGCUGAGGCUGUCAAGCAGAAGAGUGUGAGCCUGCAGCCGGCCAGUCCCCAGUCCGACGAUGGUACUGACGGCGACAUUCACAUGGCUGACAACCGGAGGACGGCCUUCCGCAGACAGGCCUCAUUGUCACAGAGCAUACGCAAAGGUACGGCCCAGGCGACGGCCCAGGCUGCAGGUUGGUUCGGCGUCGGGGAGGACUGCGAGACCAAGCAGCAGCUGUGGCAGAGGAAGAGCCUGCGGCACUGCAGUCAGCGCUACGGUCGCCUCAAGGCCCAGUACCGCGAGCCCGACUCCCUCGCCAGCACCGACCAGGGCCUAGACUCGCCCGCCGCUCGCAAAAUGCCCCGGAUCGUGGACCCCCUGGCGCGGGGCCGGGCUUUCCGCAACCAGGAUGAGACGGACCGGCCUCCCCGGACCCCCCACACCCCGGGCAUUACGUCUCUCUCCUCCUUCACCUCGCAGCGCUCCUGGGGCUACGCCCGACUUCCCCGACGCAAGAGGGAGUCAGUGGCCCGCAUGAGCGUGCGCGCGGCCUCCAACUUUCUCAGGGGUCGUCCGGGCCUAGCUGGCUCGCAGACCGGUCGCAGCUUUCCCCGUCGGAGCUUCGUCCGUCCCAGCUGGUUGGAUGAGGACACGGUGGAUUCCGCCGACACGCCGGAGUCAUCCGUUUUCUUCAGCAAGGUGGAUGCCCACGAAGAGAUGUACUCCAUGGCUGACGAUGUGUUCGAGUCCCCACCCAUGUCGGCAGCCUACGGAGACCAGCCAGACUCUUACCAGAACUUUCGGGAUGCAACUACCACCGCCGUCCAUUAUGUAGCUAAGGGCGGUCAGCAGCGGGGUCGCCGCAUCGCCUCCCAGGUCAAACACUUUGCCUUCGACAAGCCCAAGCGUGAGUAUGGCAUGGGCGUGGUGGGCAAGUGGCUGAACCGUCACUACCGGCGCAGCAUCAGCAGCCAGGUGCAGAAACAGCUGGACGACUUCAGCAGCCACAGACCCUACUUCACCUACUGGAUAACGUUUGUGCACGUGGUCAUCACCAUCCUGUCGUGCGCCACUUACGGCUUUGCCCCAGUGGGCUUCGCCCAGCACUCCUCCUCGGAAUUGGUGCUGAAGAACAAAGGGGUGUAUGAGAGCGUCAAGUUCAUCCAGCAGGAGAACUUCUGGAUCGGACCUGGCUCUGAGGACCUGAUCCACUUGGGGGCCAAGUUCUCCCCCUGCAUACGAAAGGACAGCCAGAUAGUCAGCCUCAUCCAGCUGGCCAAGGACGAGGAGAGAGAGACGGGCUGCUGUGUUCAGAAUGACAACUCGGGCUGUGUCCAGACUGUCCGCAAAGACUGCUCGGAGACCUUGGCCACCUUCAUGAAAUGGAGUUAUGAACAAGUGGAUAUUUUGAGGUCAUCUGGCUCUGUUUGUCACCAAGACCCCAGGACCUGUGAAGAGCCUGCCUCAGCAGAACCUCACAUCUGGCCUGAUGACAUUACACAGUGGCCGGUCUGUACCUCCCCCCGCAAGUGGAACCUGACCGGCUACAGACACAUGGACUGCACCAUCAAGGGGCGGCCCUGCUGCAUAGGUACCAAGGGCCGCUGUCAGAUCACCACCAGGGAGUACUGCUCCUUCAUGCACGGCUACUUUCACGAGGAGGCCACUCUCUGUUCUCAGGUCCAUUGUCUGGAUGACGUGUGCGGCCUGCUGCCUUUUCUCAACCCAGACAUCCCGGAUCAGUUCUACCGGCUGUGGCUGUCCCUGUUCCUGCAUGCUGGGCUCCUCCACUGCCUGGUGUCCGUGGUGUUCCAGAUGACCAUCCUCAGAGACCUGGAGAAGCUGGCCGGCUGGGUCCGCAUCUCCAUCAUCUACGUCCUCUCCGGCAUCACUGGCAACCUGGCCAGCGCCCUGUUUCUCCCCUACAGAGCCGAGGUUGGCCCGGCUGGCUCUCAGUUCGGGCUGCUGGCCUGCCUUUUUGUGGAGCUCAUCCAAGGCUGGCAGAUGCUGGAGCAGCCUUGGAAGGCCUUCCUCAAAUUGGUGGGCAUUGUCUUAUUCCUGUUCCUGUGCGGCUUGCUGCCCUGGAUCGACAACAUCGCCCACAUCUUCGGCUUCCUCAGUGGCCUGCUGCUGUCCUUCGCCUUCCUGCCCUAUGUGACCUUUGGGGACUUCGACAAGUACCGAAAGCGAGUGCUCAUCCUUCUGUCGCUGCUGGUCUACGUGGGCCUGUUGUCCUCACUGGUCGUCUGGUUCUACAUCUACCCCAUCAACUGGCACUGGCUGGAACACCUCACUUGCCUACCGUUCACCAGCAAGUUCUGUGAGAAGUAUGACAUUGAUCACGUGGUGCAUUAACACCAAGCUAACGGGCUAGCGUGACAAUGCUAGCUGCUCAGAGCCAAGACAGGGGAUUGGAGAAGUACUUUUAAGGGAGACAAAAGUUAAAAGGAAGAGUGUACGUUGUCCGUGCACAUGCCUGCAGAACUGCUGAAAGCACCAAGGCAAUCUAGGCACAUCAACUUCAACACUGUAAAAGUAAUGCUAGUGCCCCUGGACAGGAAGACUGUUGACGUUAGUACUUUAAAUGCUGUUAAAGUGGACUUGGAAGACAGCUGCCACAGAGGAUAUUUGGUUAAAACUGUCACGUUAAUACUCCAGAGGUCUGUUAUUUGUGGACCUAUUUUUUUUUAAAACACUGGAUGUACCUAACACUAUGUUAUAGCAUAUCGCUAUGUUCAACUACUUUCAAUUUAUCAGGCGUUUAUCAGGCCAGUUAAGUGUCCUGUGACUAAACGUUCAAACCACAACAGCAUGAAAUGUAGUAAUCGUUAAAAUGACGGAGGGUCAUAAUUCCAUUCGUCAUCAGCAGUUGCCUUUUCACCUCACCAAUUAUGCCAUAUUCUCUACAUUGUUUUAAAUGAAUUAAUAUUAUAUCUGUAAAUUAUUCUAGAUACGUUUUUUAUGGUAUAACUGUUAAGGUAACUGGUCUGACCUGCCAAUCCUGCCUUCCAACUCACCGGUCAUUGAUAUCAACACCAACAGGGUCUGGAUAAACGCAUGUAACUACUUCAGUUUACUUUGAAACUGCUUUAUAGAUGUUUUUUUUAUUGAAACGCACUACUAAUUAAACACAUGGACUUGUGUUCAUGCAGGCAGCACUGUUCUGUUCUUUCGACCAAUCGCAUCAGAACUUUUUUGGGGUUGAGCUGAUUGGUCAAAAUACCAGUUAAUGAAAAGAAAAUCAGAGUUGGGAUUCUUGUGUAAAUGCAGCAUACAUGUCUUGCACUGUUGAAACUUGUCUUAUAACAUUGCUACUUGAACUUUUAUUAAACGCUAUAUCUUCAAGUUGUAACAUUUGACUGAGCACAUAUAAAGUCCUUGCUGUUGGACAUCAAGGAUGUGCUUGGAUUAUGUCUUUAGAGUAACAUGUAAUUUGGGCAUUUUACUGAAGUCAAAGUGGCCUAUUGUUUUUACCAUACCAUGACUUAUCCAUAGUUUUCGGGGAUGAUGUGCCUCUGCUCUGACAGGCAUCUGGUCUUAACUGCUGAGGUUUCCUGAUUUACUGUGGUCAUGUUGAUUAUUUUAACAGGAUUAUCCCAACGAGGCUUUGGUGGAAUUAAUGGCAAUCAAGUUCAAUCAGGUGGAAUAAUUGACAGGUGUGUUUUAGACAUUCAUUGAGUUUUUUUUUUUUUUUUUAUUGUUUUACCGUUGUUUUGUCAUGUUAGGAUUUGCCAAUAGUCACCUGGUUUUAUAUGAUCACAUCAACAGUGUCCGCCCCUUUGACAGACGUUACAGUGCCUUCUGAAAUGGAAGCCGUGAAUUUUAGCAUCCAGAAAUCUGCAACGUUAGUACAUGUAGCAGGUUUGUACACAUAGCUAUGCAAUUGGACCAAAUGUGUUAUUUAUUAAAAUAAAAAAGUAUAGUUUGUAA